UGGUGAUGAUGAUGAUGAGGGUGAUGUUGCUCACUUCCGACCAUGAAACGAGAAAUUUGUCUCAUCAUCAUCCUUGCCUCAACGAGAGCAAGUUCCAACGCAUGUACUCUCACUUACGCACAUAUUGUAGGCACAUUCGCACAUUCGCACACUCUCAUAUUCAGGCAGUUUUACUAUAAGAGCGAGUCACUGGCACUUGGUGACAAUCAGUUGGUGGAAAUGAAGGUUUGAGAAAUCAUCAUCAUCUUGCGAAUGAAGUUUGAACGAGAAGUACCACAUCAACAUUAGUCGCAGUCAAAUCAUCCGAAACAUGUCAACAGCAUCUAUAAUAUUGGCUCAGAUUAUGCUAAUUCCUUUGAUUGUGAACGGCGUGCCAGGGGAUUUGAGGGACUCGUCACGUCGCGAUGGUCGCCAAGUGGAAGGCAAUAACAAAGCAAAUAACGGCCGCAUUGACUUUUCGAAUGCAGUGCUUGACCCAGAAAGCGGCAAGCGAUGCGUGAUCAAGAACGAGGAGGUACAAUCCUUGGAGAAAGAGCCCAUUUUGGAAUGCGACCAUAAGAACGUGGAAAAGUGUCACUACACGUACGUCACUCAAUUCAAACCCGCCCAGGAGGAGGUAUGUGAGGAGAACUUUGAAAAAGUCUGCCAGAUCACAUUCAAGCAGCAAGCCACCAAUGAAACUAUUCAAAAGUGCUACCGACCCUUAGAGAAGCUGUGCAAUGGUCAAGGGCCCGAAGAAUGCCGGACAGUCUUCGAGUCGUCGUGUACAACGCGAUACAUCGAGAAACAACCCGGAAAAUUCGUCGGAGACACUAAGUGCGAGAAAUUGCCCAUAGAAAUCUGCGGCGCGGGUUGUGUAAGUCAAGAGGGGCCCGAAGAAUGUCAUAACAAAGUGAUCACCUCACUCAUCGAUGUGCCGGAAGAGGUUUGUGAUCUGAAUCCCCAAAAGACGUGUCGCCUUCAGACAAAAUUGGUGCCAUCCCUCAAACCCGAGCACGAGUGCACCCUCAUUCCCCAAGAGAUUUGCAACCUCCGAUUCACUUCACCCAAGCUUAAGAAAAAGCCAUUGGUCACCAAAUGGUGCUUGGACGACUCUCCCACUAAACCAGGAGAGACCUACGAUGAAGCUAAUGCUCAAGAUCGUCCUCUGGCCCUACGAGGAGGACGAGCAGGACGAACUUUUAUUCCUCGUCAACUUCCGAUUGCAGCCGCCGCCUCAAAAAGCGUCGACACCUUGGCCGUGGUGGCCGAGGUGGCCGCCGACGAGCAGGACACCCCGGACGUCGACUACGAUCUUGAGGAAACCACCACCACACAAGCCCCAGAGACGACGACCCAAUCCCGAGAGAUCGCGUUGAUUGACAUUGAUGAGACCGAGGCGCUUCCGUAUGAAACCCAAAACUUUGAUGCAUUUGUCGACGUGGGAGCCAAAUCGUCGAUUCUUGUCUGAUUAUUCAUGAGAGCGGCGAAUGCUUGGCAUCUUUUAUUUUCUCUUUAAGGAAGACGUGCCAUGAUGAUUGUUGGCUCAUUCUUCCUGCCCACUUCUUAGCCCAAUCGCAAUAUUCCAAUCAGAAUCUGCCACUUUUGGUUAUGACCAAACAAAAAUGUUCUCAUGCUCAAAUGGUAAAAACCAGCCAAUGGAACCAACCAAGCGUUCAAACUAUAUCAUCAAAAUACGUAUUGUCCUUGUUGUCUGUUUCAAAAACAACGAGGGAAUCAAUCAAAUAAAAUUUGGAUUGACAACUCAUAA